AUGGGCCUCACAGACAGCUAUGACAUUGCCCUGCUGCACCUUGAGUUUUCUGCCUAUGACAAUGGGUUCGUUGAGACUGGAAUACUUCCACCCAAAGGAGAAGUUUUGCCCAAUAACUAUCCCUGCUAUAUGACUGGAUGGGGACUGGUUAGUGCCAGUGGCACCACCACGGACACACUGCAAGAGGUGCUGCUGCCAGUGGUCGACCAUGAGAUCUGCUCCCAGAAUGACUGGUGGGGCUCUCAAGCAAAAGCCACUAUGGUCUGUGCAGGUGGAGAUGGUGUGAGGGCCGGAUGCAGUGGGGACUCUGGGGGUCCUCUCAACUGUUACAGAGACGGUCGCUGGGAAGUCCAUGGGAUUGCCAGCUUUGCUCUGCUUCCUCACUGUAACACCUACAAGAAGCCAACAGUCUUCACACGUGUCUCAGCCUACGUGGACUGGAUCUCCAACCCACUAGAGGGCAUUGGCAAACCAAGGCAGUUAUCACCAGCUGCUAAAGAGGUUCUGUGGGCCGAGAGCGACCAAAGGGCAGGGACCAGCCCGCACCCCCUCCGUGUGUCCUCUCGCAGACACAGACGAGCAGUGACACAGGAGCUGCUUUUUGCCACCGUGACCCACAGAUCCGUGCAACAGAAAUGUUCUCAUUCCAGGGAGUGCAA